AUGACUAAAGCUGUGCCAGAUACCUUUCAAGGAUUCGCUGUUUCUGAUCCAAAGAAUUGGAACAGACCAAAGUUGGCUUCAUACGAAAGAAAGCAAAUCAACCCACACGAUGUUGUUUUGAAGAACGAAGUCUGUGGUUUGUGCUACUCUGAUAUCCACACAUUGACUGCUGGCUGGUCUCCAAUCCAAAGAGAAAACUUGGUUGUUGGCCACGAAAUCAUUGGCGAAGUCAUUGCCGUUGGUGACGAGGUAACCGAGUUCAAAGUUGGUGACCGUGUUGGAAUUGGUGCUGCUUCCUCCUCGUGCCGUAGCUGUCACAGAUGUAAUCACGACAAUGAGCAAUACUGUAAGCAGUUAGCAGCCACUUACAACUCCAAGGACGUCAGAUCAAACGACUACAUCACACAAGGUGGCUACUCCUCCCAUUCUAUUGCUGACGAAAAGUUUGUUUUUGCAAUUCCUGCGGACUUGCCAUCGUCAUAUGCUGCUCCACUCAUGUGUGCUGGUAUCACUGUUUUCUCACCAUUGGUCAGGAACUUGGGAUUGGACGCCAAGGGAAAGAACGUUGGUAUCAUUGGUAUUGGUGGAUUGGGUCACUUGGCUUUGCAAUUCGCUAGAGCUUUGGGUGCCAAUGUCACUGCAUUUUCCAGAUCAUCAGCCAAGAAAGAGCAAGCUUUGCAAUUGGGUGCUCAUGAUUUCGUCGCCACUGGUGAAGACAAGACCUGGUACAAGAACUAUGACGACCACUUUGAUUUCAUCUUGAACUGUGCUUCUGGUAUUGACGGUUUGAACUUGUCUGACUACUUGUCCACAUUGAAAGUUGACAAGAAGUUCAUCUCUGUUGGUUUGCCACCAAGUGAGGACAAGUUCGAAGUGAGUCCAUUCACCUUUUUGAAACAAGGUGCAAGCUUCGGCUCAUCUUUGUUGGGUUCCAAGGCCGAGGUCAAGCAAAUGUUGAAGUUGGCUGCUGAACACAAUGUCAAGCCAAUGAUCGAAGAGGUUCCAAUCAGCGAGGAAAACUGUGCCAAGGCAUUAGAUAGAUGCCAUGCUGGUGAUGUCAGGUACAGGUUUGUCUUUACUGGAUUCGACAAAGCUUUCAAAGCCUAG